AAAAAAACUUUUGUUAAGAAAAUGGAGCCAUACAAAGCAAUUAUCCUCAUCGGAGUUACUGUUUGUUGUUAUACAUUCUCCGGCGUAUCCAACGUCCACGCCACCGGCCGUUCAGUAGAAGAGACAUCCCAAGUCCCUGCUUCCUCACCUGACCCUUCGCUCAUCGAACCACCCGUAUCAUCAAUCUCGGUCGUCCCAGCCUCCGCACCAUCCCCCACCUCUGAAGACAUUAACACCGGAUCUAAUUUAGCUCCCACGGCGGCAGUCUCCGCACCCGGACCAUCCCAAGAAGACAUAGACAUCAACUUCGACUCUGUCACAAACAUAGCUGAUCUAGCUCCUAAAUUUGAACAUAUAAACAAAUUCGAUUUCUCGUCAAUGAAAAUCGACACGACGGCGAAAGAUCUCUGCAAAAACACAGACUACAACAACGAAUGCAUCGCCGCGAUUCUCCCGGAUCUACAGAAACAAGCAGAAGGAGAAGGAGGAGACGGAGGAAUUGCUCCUAAGGAUGUGAUGCGAAUGGAAGCUGAAUCUCUGUUAAAAAAAGCGAACGCGACUUUGGAUUACGCGAAACGUGUGGUGGAAGAUAGGAAAACGCCGAUGCCGGUGAAAGAGGCGAUGAGUGUUUGCGUCGAGAAUUACGAUUCGUUGAUCUCAGGUCUUGAAGAUGCGAAGAUGGCCAUGGAGGAGGGAGAUUACGGGAGAUUGGAUUCGGUAUUGAGUGCAGCCAUCUCCGAUGUGUCGACUUGUUCUGAUAAUUUCGUGGAUAUUCCUGAUGUUGAUUCGCCGACGGCGUCUCUUGAUGAUCUUAUGAAGAAGCUUUGUAGCAACGUUUUGGCCAUGUCUCAAAAGGUCCAGAACCGUUAGAUCCACUUAUCAUAUGAACUUUUCAAAAAAAUGUUUCGAAGUUUGAAAUUUAUAUUAUGUUAUGUAUAUAUACAUCCAUUUUUUUAUCAACUUAUAUACAUCAGUCCUUUUGCCACUUUAGCUAAAGUUAGCCAAUUAAG